CAUAUCUCUGCCAAAGAUUUUUGCUUUAGCACUUUGGCAGGUGAUAUGUUGAAUGUUAUGCUCAUAAGUUAAAGUUACACAAGAAUGGUUCAAGCUCGAUCAACCCUUUAAUAAUUGUGUGUGAUUUUCAGUUUGGUGACAAAAUGCACAAAAUGUGCGAUUUGAAUUUGGGCCCAAUUAGUGUUGAUUUAAUUGAACCUAAUUUAUAUCUUGGUGGCCUAGCUGCUGCUAAAGAUGUAGUUACUCUUGGUAAAUUGAAGAUCACCCAUAUUUUAACAAUUGAUACAUGCCCUCUUCCGAGGCAAAUUAGAGAGUUGAAAGGAUUAACUAUAAAAUUUGUACAGUUAUCUGAUCAACCAAAGGAAGAUCUGUUGAGUUACUUCGAUGAAACACAGAGGUUCAUUGAAGAGGGUGUAUGUAAAGGAAAUGUACUUGUUCACUGUUAUUUCGGAGUUUCUAGAAGUGCCACAGUAGUAAUUGCAUAUGUAAUGAAGACAUAUAAUUUGACUUAUGUCGAUGCAUUCCAAAGGGUUAAAUUGAAGAGAAGUAUUGUCUAUCCCAAUCAUGGCUUUGUCUCACAGUUACAACUUUAUGAGCAAAUGAAUUAUACUAUUGAUAAAAAUUAUAUGCAUUAUAAAAUAUUUCGUUUAUCUCUAGCAGCUGACAGGUUCAAAAAAAUUAAAAUUUUACCACAGAAUUUUAUUGACUGUAUCAAAGGGGACCCUGGUUUAGUCAGGAGCCAACCUGAAACCAAUGUGUAUAGAUGCAAAAAAUGUCGAAGAGUUUUAGCAGGAGAGUCAAACUUGAUUACUCAUGAAAAUGAAAACCAAGUAUGUAGAAAAACUUUUUUCAUUGAGCCGUUAGAAUGGAUGAAUGUUGCACAAAUCCCAGAAGGCAAAUUAUAUUGUCCCAAAUGUAAGAACAAAUUAGGCUCCUUCAAUUGGAUUAUGAGUUGCCAAUGUCCAUGUGGUAGACAAAUUGCACCAGCAUUCUAUCUCAAUCCAUGUAAAGUUGAUUUUACAAAUGUGGUGAAAAAUGUAGAAGUUACAUUUUAAAUCAAGUUAUUAGUCAUGUGAAAAACAGGGUUUUUAAGUAGGUAUGUGUAUGUUUCAAUUCCUUGUCCACCUAGUGUUGUUGAAUUGUGAUAUUAAAGUUUCCAUUUUUUGAAAAUUUAUUCUACUAAACUUGACUAUAUAUAUUUUUGAGGUAUUCAUUGUUGUGUAAAUAUGUAUAUUGUACUCUUGCUAAACCUAUUUUAUUCAUUGAAGUAUUAUUUGCCAAAAUACAUAUCCUAUCAAGUGAAGAUAUAAAAUUAGAAAAAAAAUUCGAUUUAUUUUAUAUAUGGUGGGAAUGGUGUAAUCACCUCCCUUUCCACUAUGACUGAUAACCGUUCUCUAAACUCCAUCUGGCAUGGAGUAGGUGAGAGUAAAAACUGAGAUUGAGUCACAUGGGAAUUAAUCCAUGGGAACUUAGCCAGGAAAGUUCUUUCACUUUGUGAUGAUAUUUAUCGUUAUGUAGAAAUUGUAUUGAACGAGCCUGUUUUAAAGUUUUGUCCUGGCUCAUAUACAAGCUCUUAUACCUUCCAAUACCAUCCUUUCUAUCUUAGCUAAUGUUGGGUUUUCUGAUUUGUAACAUUGUGAUACAUAAUUUGAAGUAUUAGAAAACAAUAUGUGUAUAAAUGUAUAUUUUUUUAUAGAAUAGUGUUAAUUGUUAAAUUUCUGUUCAACAUUAUUAAAGACUGAAGAUUC